GAGUGGUACCGUGCCAAAAAGAAUUAUCAAUUAUUUGAUGAAAUGUAUCUGUUUUGUACGUGAUAAACGCCAUCUUCAAUUUCACGUCAGACCUUGCUAUAUAUAGUCUAUCCAUUCAUUAGUUCAUAGCUACCUUCAUCUUCCCCUGCCUCUCCUUGCUUCAAUGGCAGAUACCAAUGUCAACCUUCCACCGGGCUUUCGAUUCUAUCCCACAGAUGAAGAGCUCAUAGUCCAUUUCCUUCACAGAAAAGCCUCACUUUUGCCUUGCCACCCGGAUGUCAUCCCUGAUCUUGAGCUCUACCAAUAUGAUCCAUGGGAGCUUCAUGGUAGAGCUUUGGCGGAGGGAAACCAAUGGUACUACUACAGCAGAAGGACGCAGAAUAGAGUCACUGGCAAUGGGUAUUGGAAACCAACGGGAAUGGAAGAGCCGGUGGUCUCAAGCUCAAACAGCAAGAGAGUUGGUAUGAAGAAAUAUUUUGUUUUUCAUGUAGGAGAAGAUGCUACUGCUAUCAAAACCAAUUGGAUAAUGCAAGAAUAUCGUCUAUCAGAUUCUGCUUCCUCUACCAGAUCAUCCAAAAGAAAACCUCAACCAAAAUCAGAUUACAAUAAAUGGGUGAUAUGUCGUGUUUAUGAGCGUAAUGGAGAGGAGGACAAUGGAACAGAGCUCUCAUGUUUGGAUGAAGUAUUCUUGUCAUUGGAUGAUGAUCUUGAUGAAAUAAGCUUACCAAAUUAGCUGACAAUGCAAGUGAUCUAUAGCAAGCUAGCUAGCUAGCCGCAGUAUCCAACUGGAUAAUUAAUUAAAAUAAUGGUUGCUUGUAAUGGAUGAUGUUAUUUGUCAGGUCUAGUGUAGGUGACAUUGUAAUCACUGAAGUGGCUCUAGCCAGAUUUUCAUAGCAGCUCUUCAAGUGGGGCACUAUGUAAAAUAUUCAUCUCAUGCCAAAAACAAUAUUACUAUUUACUGUGA